UUCCUAUUAUGGUUUUAAAUUACUCGAGGCGAAACAAGUCGUUUUGCCGAAUUUACUCUAUUUGAAAUUAAAAAAAGAUAAUAGAAUAAGAAUUGUUCAAUAUAGCUUCACCCAAAUCAAAAUAUUUUGUAUAUUUCACAAGUAAUACAAACCUUCACAUUUCGAUGAAAUAUAUGUAAAUGGUUCAAGGUUUAAUAUAGUGCUUGUGUGCGUGUAUAUGCCAAGAGAAUACAUAUAACACAAUUUGUGGAAAUCUGUUUCUGCAAUAUCACUGGCCAUUUAAAUUAACUAGUGCCAAUUCAAACUGUGUCUUGUAUCAUUUUUCACAAAUAAUGAAAUAUCUCGUUAAUUUGUCAUUAUUGACUGAUAUCUAACCAACAUUUAAGAUACAUGUUCCAUACAAUCAGACAAUGCUAUUCUCUGUGGUAGAAAAUCCAUGAUUUAAUGAAUAAAGUGAUUAUGAAUUAAGCAAAGUGCUAAAAAUAAGAAAUAAGUUUUAAAGAAAUGGACAGAGAAACAAUGAAUUUAAUCCUAUGUUCAUCGCUGCGGGAUUAAUGUUGUCAUUAAUUUGAAAUAUGAAUAUUAUCUUCUAAAUAGAUAAAUAUAAAAAAAAAAAGAACGUCUAAUACUAAUGGUUACUUGAAUCUACAUAAAAUUCUGAAUCAUUUGCUCUGCUAGUAAUGGAAGAAAGUGAUAAUAUUUUAGAAGAUAUAGAAGGAGCAUUUCUAGCUUUAACCGAGAGCUUUCUGGAACAAGGUGCAUCACUAGUAGAUCUUAAGUCUGCUAGUCUAGGAAAUAAUAUAAAGAAUAAAAAGAACCAUCUCUUAUAUCACUUGUGCUCUAAAAAGGUUCUUCUUGCCUUAUUGACACCGAUAUUUUGUAGCAUACUUUUUAAAUAUUUAUAUUUUGAUAUAAUCAGAAGUGUUCGUGAAACUAGAUGCUUAAUACCAAAUAAUUAUUUUAUAUGGGAAUUUACAAGGCCAAUAUCAAAUUGUGAUUAUUGUCAGGGUGUUACUUCUGCAUUGAUCUUGCCAAAUUUAACAAGAGAUGAAUUCAAACAAUAUGCUUAUUCCUCUAGACCUAUGGUGAUAAAACAUGCUGCAAGUCAUUGGCCAGCUUCAAAGGUAUUUAGCUGGAAAUUCUUCAAAGAUUUAUAUGAGAAUACUGAUGGUGCUUAUGAUUCAGUAGAUGAAUGUCAGUUCUUGCAUUUUAAAAGUAAUCUCACUAAUUUGCGCGAUGUUUUUGCAAUGAGUGAGGAAAGAGCUAUGCAACAUAAUAAUAAAGAUCCUUGGUAUGUUGGUUGGAAAAAUUGUCACCUUCAGAUUUUGGACAUUAUGAAACAAUAUUACAAUGUACCUCAUUUUUUACCAGAGGAUGCAGAGGUUCCUUAUUCCAAUUAUGUUUUUUUGGGAUAUGAAGAAGGUGCUAUUAUGCAUCUAGAUUAUAUCUCACGUCUAAUGUGGCAAGGGCAAAUUAUAGGCAAUAAAACAUGGAGUAUCGCUCCAACUCCAGAAUGUGAUACUGUUUGUAUGCGUUUCAAUUUUACUGUUUAUGCUGGGGACAUCGUUCUGUUAGAUACAAGAAUUUGGUAUCAUAGCACUUAUGUUGAAGGAGGAAACUUCAGUUUAACAGUCACCUCAGAAUAUGGAUAGAUUUUUAUAUAUAAUGCAAAAUUGUAUUUGAACAAUUUUAUAGACUACAUAGAUAGCAUUCUAUGGAGUAAAAAAUUUUAUAUUAUUUUAUCAUGUUGAAAGAUUUGCAUUAAAAUUAUUGCAUUAUAUUAAUAUUU